CGGGAGUUAUCCCCAAUAUCCAGUACCAGGUCAUUCCCCAGUUCCAAACCAUCGACGGGCAGCAGCUCCAGUUUGCCACCACCCCUGCCCAGGUCAACGUGCAGCAGGAUGCCUCUGGUCAGCUCCAGAUCAUCCCCGGCACCAACCAGCAGAUCAUAACGAGCCGAGCGGGGACGAGCAACCUCAUCGCCAUGCCGAACCUGCUGCAGCAGGCCGUCCCCAUCCAGGGCGUGGGCUUGGCCAACAACACCCUCUCAGGGCAAACCCAGUACGUGGCCAACGUCCCCGUGGCUCUCAACGGCAACAUCACCCUGCUGCCUGUCAACAGCGUGGCCGCCAGCCUGGCUCCCACCUCGCAGACGGUCACGCUGAGCGGCUCCGGCUCUCCGGACAGCAGCUCCCAGCCGGCCACCUCGGGCGCCGCCGUCAGUUCCACCAACACGGCCACGUCUCACGCCGGUUCCGGCGCUUUUUUUACCAACGCCAACAGCUACUCCACCACCACCACCACCAGUAACGUGGGCGUCAUGAAUUUUUCCACCAGCGCGACGGUGGGGACCAACGUCCAGGCGCAGACGCCCCAGAGGGUCGGCAGCGUCCAGAGCUCGGACUCUCUGCAGAGCCAGGUUUCUGGGGUGGCUUUGCAGCCGGGGCAGCAGAAAGAGGGGGAGCAGAGCCAGCAAUCGCAGCAGCAGAUCCUGAUCCAACCUCAGCUAGUCCAGGGAGGGCAGACGAUCCAAACCCUCCAGACCAGCCCGCUCUCUGGCCAGACCUUCGCCACUCAGGCCAUCUCCCAAGACGCCUUGCAGAACCUGCAGCUCCAAGCUGUCCCCAACUCCGGCCCCAUCAUCAUCCGCACGCCCACGGUGGGGCCCAACGGGCAGGUGAGCUGGCAGACCAUCCAGCUCCAGAACCUGCAGGUUCAAAACCCCCAGGCCCAGACAAUCACCUUGGCCCCCAUGCAGGGAGUCUCGCUGGGGCAGACGGGCAGCACCAGCACCACGCUCACCCCCAUCGCCUCCCUCCCCAGCGGCACUGUCACGGUCAACGCUGCCCAGCUCUCCUCCAUGCCAGGCCUCCAGACUAUUAACCUCAGUGCCUUGGGAGCGUCGGGGAUCCAGGUGCAUCAGCUGCAAGGGCUGCCGCUGGCCAUCGCGAACGCUGCCG